GCUUUGCGGGCCUUUAAUGGGGGGGGGGGGGAUGAGGAGGGAGGAGCAAUCGUAAGUGCCCCGCCUCCUCGGCCGUGACGGCAUCAGAAAGCGUCCGAGAUGCUGGACUCGCUGUUGGCCCUCGGUGGCUUGGUGCUUCUUCGAGAUUCCGUGGAGUGGGAGGGGCGUAGUCUCCUGAAGGCUCUAAUCAAGAAAUCUGCCCUUCGUGGGGAGCAAAUCCACGUUCUGGGCUGUGAAGUGAGUGAAGAAGAGUUUCGCGAAGGUUUUGGCUCUGAUAUCAACAGCCGCCCCUCAGGACAAAAUGAUUUUCAAAUGACCAACAUGUCUACAAAGAGAAUGAUGCAGUAUGAAGACAGAAGUACCAAGUCUUUCAUCCCAUUUUCAUUAUCUAAAUGCUACCUUGUGUCUUUCAUGAUCUACAUUUCUUGUCCCUCUCCAGGUGCUGACUCCCCGAUAGAGCAGGUCCGUGUGCUGGGUCUGCUACAUGAAGAGCUGCAUGGUCCCGGCCCCAUGGGAGCGCUGAGCACCCUUGCUCACACAGAGGUGACUCUGAGUGGUAAAAUGGGCCAGACUUCAGCCUCCAUCCUCUGUCGAAGGCCCCAACAACGUGCAACUUACCAGACUUGGUGGUUCUCCAUUCUUCCUGACUUCAGCCUGGAUCUCCGGGAGCGGCUUCCCCUCCAUUCUGAGCUACACCCAGAUCCUCACACAACCCAGGUGGAUCCCACGACUCAUUUGACCUUUAACCUUCACUUAUCCAAGAAAGAAAGAGAAGCCAGAGACAGCCUCACUCUGCCUUUCCAGUUCAGCUCUGAAAAACAGCAAGCUCUGCUCCGCCCUGGACCGGGCCAGACAACUAGCCACAUCUUCUAUGAACCAGAUGCUUUUGAUGACGUGGACCCAGAAGACCCAGAUGAUGACCUAGACGUUUGACUAGACAAAUGGGAGAGGAAGACUGUGGCUCAGAACCAUCCUGUUGUUCACAGAGGCCUUACCUGCUCCCUCCCUCCCUCCCUCCCUCCCUCCCUCCCUCCCUCCCUCCCUCCCUCUGUUGCUCUGUCCGUGGAGGGCCUGUCUGUCCUGUGAGCCAUUGAGGAACAUAUAAUUGGGGCAAAGAAGUGUGGUGAGAGCGUAGUGUAUGCAAGAGAACAAGAAACCCCCUCCUCCCCUGCCCGUUUCUAAUAAAGUAGAUACAUGUAUUCGUA